GGAUCCUUGUCCUGUCUCCGAUUUCUCCCCAGGGUUUUAGCGCUCUGUUUGUCUCUUCCCUCUCUACAGCCCUGAAGAAGAAGAAGAAGAUCCAUCCAUGGAAGCUGCUGCUGCCGCUGCUGCCGUCCCCCACCGUCACCGGCCAGUUCACAGCUCGGUUUAUCACCAGCGUCCGUCAUAUUUAAGACCCAUUUAUUUGCUCUCCUUCAGAGCCCCACCACCACGGCUAUCGUCGUCGUCGUCAACGAAAUCGUCACUGUCAAUUAGAGCAUCCUCAUCUUCUUCUUCGUCGUCAUUUUCGGACUCUCUCUACCCAAACCCGAAAAGCCCUAAACCCCAAUUGACAGAAACCCUAAAACCCAUACCGGUUUCCAUCCUGAAAACCGCCGUUGCAGCUGCGGUCGCCGCCACUGCCGUCUUCUUUGCCCAAUUUAACCUGAAAGCCAACGUCGCCACCGCCAUUUCGCCGCCUCCCGUCGUCGAGACCGGGAAUAAGGAGACUGUUUCGGGCGAAGAAAACGAGAGAGACCUCGAGGAGUAUUUGAGUUCUCAUCCGGAAGAUGUUCAAGCUCUCAGGAACUUGAUGGAGGCGAAGAUCAAGAACCGGAAGGUCGACGAAGCGAUUGGCAUUGUGGAGCAGUUGAUCAGGCUCGAACCGGAAGACAUCGAGUGGCCACUGAUGAAGGCGCACUUGCAUAUCUACAAUGGAGAGCUUGAGGUGGCGAAAGUCGGUUUCAAUGAGAUAAUUGAGAAAGACCCAGCUAAGGUCGAGGCCUAUCACGGGCUGGUAAUGGCGGCUUCGCAGGCCGAUUCGGGCCGGGAAUUGAAGGAGAUUGAGAAGAGGGUUGGGGAGGCAAUGGAGGUGUGCAAGAGGGAGAAGAGAAAGGGGGAUUUGAGGGACUUUAAGCUGUUAAUCGCCCAAAUUCGAGUUAUAGAAGGGAAUUACGACGCAGCAUUGAGGGUUUAUCAGGAGCUUGUGAAGGAGGAGCCAAGGGACUUUCGACCCUAUUUGUGCCAGGGAAUUAUAUACACUUUGCUGAGGAAGAAUGACGAGGCAGAGAAGCAGUUUGAGAAGUAUCGAAGGCUUGUUCCCAAGGGACACCCCUAUGCACAAUAUUUCGAUGAUAAUAUGAUUGCAACAAAAGUGUUUGGCCAGAAAGUCGAAAAUGAGAGGGCGUCGUCAAAAAGCUGAGAAGAUGGGUUACUGAGUGUAGUUUAUUGAUGUGGCUUGCCAAUAGCUGAGUUUCUUCCUUCAUUACUCUGCUCCGCUGUUAUUUCAUAUUUGUUCUAUACAGCAGUUUGUUUUCGUUAGGUGUUGGUAGGGAGGUUAACAAAGCACAGAGAUCACAGGGAAGUUUUGUAGUUGGUUGAAUGGUGAAAUGCUCUCAAAAUUUUGGCAGACCGACUACUUGGGAAUUCAGUAUGUAAUAGCUUUUGUGAUGAGGAAAUAGUUAUUGCCCCUUCAUGACACCCUUCAAUUUUGUUGUUGGAUCCAAAUUGUUGAGAGUGAAUUGUUGUAAUUGAGUAACUAGGGAUGCUUGUAUCACCCUCAAAAUUGAAUUGCCUCUCCGUUUAAUAUGUUGCACUGUAUGUUCCAAUUUAAUUGGUGCUAUCACCAUGAUGUAUUGGAUGACGAUGAUUUUCGCA